AUAUGGGUAGCAGGUAGGGUGGCUGGUGUUUAUUGAAAAUAGAUCAAUAUGUCGAUGAUAGAUAAAAUGUCAAUCAUGGGAAUUCGGGCAUUUGGUCCUGAUGAUAGAGAUCAACAAGUCAUUCGAUUUCAACAUCCACUUACAUUAUUAGUUGGACCAAAUGGAGCAGGAAAAACAACAAUCAUUGAGUGUUUAAAAUACGCCACGACUGGUGAUCAACCACAAAACACAAAGGGAGGAGCAUUUGUACAUGACCCUAAAUUUGCAAAUGAAACUGAAAUAAAAGCUAAGGUACGCUUACAGUGUCGUAAUGUACAAGGUCACCUGAUACAGGUGGAAAGAAGUAUGAUGGCGAUUCAAAAAGCUUCAAGUAUUCAGUUUAAAACAUUGGAUGGCGUGUUAAGCAAGAAAAGAAAUGAUGAAGUCGUUCAUCUUACUUCAAAAUGUGCUGAACUUAACAAACAAAUGGUUGAAGAGCUUGGUGUGUCGAAAGCUGUGUUGGAACACGUCAUAUUUUGUCAUCAGGAGGAAUCGAACUGGCCACUAAGUGAAGGGAAAUCUGUAAAACAGAAGUUUGACGACAUAUUUGCUGCAACAAGGUACAUAAAGGCGUUAGAAGAAAUACGUAAAGUACAAAAAAGUCAAAAAGCCGACUUACGAGAUAAUAAAGUUGAAUCGACACAUUUAAAAGUACAUUGUGAGGGGGCUGCUGAAAAAAGAAGAAAUCUGCAGACAACAGAGACAAAGUUGCAAGCUUCAAAAGUCAGUGUAGAAAAAAUUACUCAACAAAUAAAACCGCUUGAAACUCAUAUUAUUGAGUUACGAGGAAAGCAAUCAAAAAUUGAAGUUAUGAGUGGCCAGGUGGAGGCGACAAAGAGUCGUCUGCAACAAAUGCUGGACGAUGAGAAAAAAUUAAAAUCGAGAAUCAAAAACACUUUCCAUGGAACUGAUGAACAACUUGCUCAACUUCAAAAUGAUCAGGAAAAGAUUGUGGAUAGGAAACGAAGCCAACAACUUGAUUGUGAACGUCAACUCCAACCUUUGGAGGAACAGAUUAAUGAUUUUUCAAAACAGAAAAUGAAAUAUUCAGUUGAACAAGGUAAAUUACAGCAAGUUGUUAAAAAUGCGGAGGAACAAAGAAAACAUCGCGAUGAACUGAUCCGUGGUUCGAGUGAGGAAUACAACAUCAGUCUUCCUUAUAUUGGGAGUGACUUGUCUUCUCAGGAAGCUACAACAUUUCUUCAUUUAUUCCAAACACAUGCAGAUAGUGAAGAAAAUAAGUUGCAAAGUUUAAAGAUCCGACUUGAUGGUGAGCAGAAUAAAGUUGAAGAAAGUUAUCAAGAAAGUUGGCAAAUGAAAGUUGAACUUGAAGAAGGAAAUAAACAUUUGAAGAAGAAUCUUAUGGAGUUAAAGGAGAAGAAAGCUCGGGUAAGAAAAGUUUUCAACAUUAUGCAUUCAACCUUUAACAAAAUUAUGCAUUCAACAUUGUUUGCAGGCUUUAUUUUUUCUCUUCGUUUGAAAUGCAAGGCCAAGAAAAACUUGUAA